AUGGUUGGCCUAUACAAUUUCCUUGGCGUUCUCUGCUUCACGGCGACUGCGCUGUGUGCUUCAAAAAACAACACAUCUCCUACAGCCAAGACCCUAAACGGUACCUAUGUUGGAGCUCAUCUUUCCACUUGGGAUCAAGACGCAUUCUUAGGAAUUCCUUUCGCUCAACCACCCGUCGGACCCCUCCGCUUCAAAUGGCCACAGAGCUCCAACACUUCUUUUGAAGGGCAGCGCGAUGCAAAGGAGUAUGGAAGUAGCUGUAUGCAAUACGUCUCAGGCUUGACGUUGUCUGAGGACUGUCUCACCGUCAAUGUGAUCCGGCCAUCGGGAACUCCCAAGAAGAAGCUCCCUGUGUUGGUUUGGAUCUAUGGCGGUGGUCUAUACACUGGUGCCACAGCAGAUCAACGAUAUAACAUGUCUGGCAUCGUCAAGGUGAGCCAGGACAUGGGUCAACCAGUUAUAGGAGUCAGUUUCAACUACCGCCUUGGUAUUUGGGGAUUCCUUCAAUCAUUUGGAAUCUUGAAAGAAGGCUCCAGCAACGCUGGACUUUUGGACCAACGCUUAGCACUUCGUUGGAUCCAGGAGAAUAUCGACGCUUUUGGAGGUGACCCAGACCAAGUGGUGAUUUGGGGCGAGAGUGCAGGAGCUCAGAGCAUUGCGUAUCAGAUGUUCAGCUACGAUGGCCGAGAAGACAAUCUGUACCGCGGUGCUAUCAUGGAGAGCGGUGGUGUGACAGGCGCCCAGAUUCACGACCUCAGCUACUACAAUGUGGCUUUUGAAAACCUUACCCGGACGGUGGGAUGCUGGACAGCUUCAGACCAAGUUGCUUGUCUACGAGGAGUUGACCAAGCGAGCCUGUUCGCGGCACAUCAAUCGCUAACAUGGAACCCGAUGAUCGAUGGUGAAUUCCUAACUGGAUAUCCGAGCCAACUCAUUCGUGAAGGCAAAUACAACACAGUUCCAAUCAUCAUUGGUGCCAACACCGACGAGGCCUUUGCCAUUGGCAAUCCCAAUACCGACGAGGAUCUAUUUCUUGAAGCUUUCAGGUGGAGAAACUAUGCGCUGAGUGCUCCCACAAUCCGCAAGUUGAUGGAACUGUAUCCAAACGAUCCCUGCAACGAGCCACCGUAUGCCAUUACAGACUGCUCCGUUAAUACAGCUCGAGGACUGCAGUGGCGUCGCGCCAAUGCCAUCGGUAGCGACAUCACCAUGAUUAGUGGAAGACGCAAGAUGGCCGAGCUCUUCACUUCUGCCGACGCCGCAGUCUACAGUUACCGUUUUGACCAACGGAUCUAUGGCAGGAGUGAAUGGGAUGGCGUUAAACAUUUCGACAACGUGGCCUACAGCUUUCAAAACAUUUCCGGGGCAUUAGGGCCUAGUCCCGCAUACGACUCUCAUGUCGUCUUGGCCAGAGCUAUUGGACAAGCCUACAUCAGAUUCGUGUACGAGCUUGACCCGAAUUACAAAGCCAAGUACGGAAAACAAGAGAAACUGCUACCGACAUGGCCGCGAUACGACAACGACGACCCGAAGAAUAUCGUCUUGAAUGCGACGAAGAACUGGGUCGAGGACGAUACCUGGAGAAAGGAAGGGAUUGAGUUCAUCAACAGUUAUGAAGUUGCGCGGGAGUUGUAUGCUUGA